CUCAAUCCUGGCAGAUGCGCACUUGCAGCACAAUUUCCGAUUCAAGAUUCGAUCGGUUACCGUGUCAAGUGGUAGACGGGAAUUGAAUUUCGUUGUACUUUUUCCUAGAAAGCCCACUGCUGGAAAACCCUUUUCCAAUUUUCAAUAUCCCACAAGUGUACACUUUUGGUCUCGAAUUCAGGAAAUCGUUGGUAAAAUGUUUCAGUCUAUUUAUCCAGAUCACUAGAAAUCAUAACCGAAACCCUCUUUGUUCCUAACUAGUAAUGGCAUAGCGUGAAAACUCACAUCGAAAUCAAAAGCUCUAAUCAAUAAAGAAAAAAACGGUGAAAAUUCAAUACUCAUUAAACAUAUUUGAAGUUUUACGACAAAUAACAGUUUUAGUAAAAAUUGUGGGAGUAAAUGUGAAAAUCUUAUAUUGUGUAAAGUGACCCGUAACUAUAUCCAUCGAAUUUUUGCGUCUUGAGCAAAAUUGUGUAGUGAAAAGGGAGCGAAUCAAAAAGCAUAGUGAAUAUUUUUUGCUCUCGUGUUCCAUUACAUAAAUUUAUCUGCAGACAGAUAUCCUAUUAAAUAAAAAGGACUAUCGUGAUUCAAGAAAAGUGAGAGUGAUAUAAGGAAUUUGCAGAAACGUUACAGUAAAUAUGUUUUCCGGAUUAACAAAUCAAGUCAGCUCAUGGAUUGGAGCUGCCAAAGGUGAACCUCAAGAUGAGGAGGUCCCGACUCCUCCGAACUCUGCAGCUACGGCAACGACAGCUCCUGCUCCUGCUCCAGCUGCGGAUACCGCAGCAGUGUCCGCAGGAGAUGAGGGUGAUAAAAGCCCAACGAAAAGUGGUGUGUUUUCAGGAGUGUCGUCAAAGGUGACAGGUUGGCUCGGAAAUGCAUCUAUGCCUUCUAUGCCAGCGAUGCCAUCCAUGCCAACGGUUUCAAUGCCAGCAAUGCCUGCCAUGCCUUCUAUGCCAUCCAUACCAGGUUUACGAAAGGGUAACCAAGCAGAUGAAAAUGGAGGUAUUACAAACGAAGGUCUAGCCACAUCACCCGAUAAGAUGAACCAAGGUACUGCUGGUAUGACGGACGCAACCGACGAGGAAGACCGGUCCAGGUAUAUUAGACAACAGGAAAGCGCAACGGGUGGAGCGGACUCUCGUCCUGCAACUGGUCCAGGGACGCCAACCGAGGAAAAUGCUGGACAAAUUGGACAAGUCACUUAUAAAGUCACAGCAGGAGCCAAAUCGAUCGGAUCUUUUCUGUACUCUUCAUUCAACAAAGCUGGUGAUAAAAUUAAACACUUGAAGGAUAACACUAUUUUGGGCGAGUUCAAUAAAGAACAAGAAGCGUUCAUAAAGAACCAGCAGGGUGCUGGAGAGCCUGGUGCAUGUCCUUGGACGGGUCAUGCAAAUGAAACCAAGAUCAAGGAAGAAAUUCUUAGCCUUUCAGCGGAUCGCCGAAAUUUCGUUCGUGCACCACCAGCUGGAGUUGAGUUCGAAUUUGAUUAUGAUCGUUUAUACCCAGUCGCUCUUGCCAUUAUGAAUGAAGACAAGGAACUAGAAAAGAUGCGGUUUGAGUUGGUACCCAAAAUUAUUACAGAGGAAAAUUUCUGGCGCAACUAUUUCUACCGUGUUUCACUGAUAUGUCAAGCAGGAGAUUUAGGCACGCUAGGCGAUAAAAAUGAAUUUGUCAGGCGAGGUGCCAGCGAAGAUACAGAGGAAUCAACAAAAAGUCAAAAUCGGUCUUCAACGCUCGCGAUUGCUGACAACAACGACAAGAAAUCAGCGUUGGUGAUUACCGGAACAGAGUUUGUUUCCGAUUCAUUCAAAACUACGAAAGCUGAUCUUGAAGAAGUGCAAGAAAUCAUCAAAAAACUUGGCAUCGAUACUCUCGCUAGGCAAGCGAACGAAAGCAUCAGUGAUUGCAGAAUUGAAAAAGAAGAUCAGUGGGAGAAGGACCUGGAAGCGGAACUACAGGAUUACGAAGUAGUGAAUGAUGGCACCGACCGUACCAAUUGGGAAAAGGAUGUCGACGAGCUGUUAGAUGACGAAACCGAUUUAAAAUAAAACGAAUGUUUCAAUCAGUUGCUUUGUAACGUGAUGAAGUGUGCUGUAAAUAAAUAAAAUAGUGAUUGGAAUUAGAUUAAAACGAAUUAAUUGAGCCUGUUGAAUUUUUUAGUGUAAUGAAAAUUUGACUUAGGAUCUCUAUGCAUUAAUCAAACUUCGUUUUUUUGCUGUUUAAGUUUCAUAGGCAAACUUUUCAAAGUAAUUUUCCAUUAUUCGUUUUAUUGAAUGCUUGGUGAAUACAUCAUCUUACAAAGUAAUUGAAAUGGGGGUCAAACGAGAAAGAAGCCGCUCGGCAUGAUAAAAAUAGUAUCAAUGUGCAUUGAUGCGCAAAACAAAUUGGAGUUUACUACCCACAUUAAAAAAGAAAUCAUAUACGAUAAUAAUUCUGUUCCCGUCAUUUUGUGAUGUAUAACGAUGUUAUAUGAAUCAUAAAAAUAGCCUACUUCAGCACUCGCAGUCAAACGAUAAAUAGAUUGCCAUUCCUCUCAAGUAACUCAAGCAAAUACUGCUUGUAUACCAAAUAAAAUUACCGAUCGAAUCCCUAGGUAAGAAAUUGGUCAUGAAAUACUUAGAACCAAUGAAAUUGAAGAAAAUGACACUAAAUUUUAUUAAGCUAAAAUUAUCAACGUACUUGAGCAUGGAAUAUCUACAAAGAAUCCUAACAAAUCCUUAAUGUGCGUUUAAAUGUACUGGUCAAGAAUGUUGUAUGAAUUGCUAUAAGAAAAUACCAUGCUAAUUUUUCGUGCAUUAGACUAUCUUGUUCGUUUAAGGCAGUUACUAUUAUUUGCUCAACGCCAAUAAAUUGAGUACGUCGGCAGGAUAAUGAUAUUGAACCAAAUGUUUGUUUCCUCAGUUAACCGGUAAUGUUAUAUAAGUUGUGUUCUUUGUUUCAUACAAUCUUUGGAUGACAUUAGUCACUAUAAUUCUAGAUUGCUUUUUAUUAUGGAAUUAACGUGACAUGAGAAUUUUCCAGUGCAUCUAUUUAGUUUCGACAGAUGGAAAUUUUAAAGAUUUUUUUCGGAUUGCUCAUAUCUGCUUCAUCCAAAGCAAACAAAAACAAAUAUCAACUAUAAAAAAUAUAACAUCGCACACAUAAAAUAGAAAAAAAUCUUCGUGACAAACAACAGUUAGCUUAGGAGCUUUUCCAUGUUACAUAAUUCUGUUUACAGUAAUGAUAAAAAUACGCUGCAUGAAAUUGGCUUAAAAUACAUUAUACCAUUUGGAAAGAGCAAAGCUAACAAAUGUAACCACUUAAUCAGAUUGGCUAAUGUGCCAUUUCGGAUGACAGGCAAAUAUGAAGGAAGUGUUAACCUUAACUAAGCAAAGGAAGUAUUGUAGAGAUUGAAAUUUUAGUUUUCUACUAGGCCCUUAAUAUUUUUCUUACUUUAACAUCUAAUUACAGAACAAACCAAUAUUUUUUUUUUCUGCGUUUCCUUCGAAACUGACAGUAAUUUUUUAAUAUGUUUCAAAUGAAAUAUAUACAUAUUACGAUAUACUACCGAAUAUUGAGCAUUGUUAUGUGUAAGGAACGCAGUAAUAAUAGAAAUAAAUAAAACCAGAGGGGUAAUGUGA